CGUGGCCGGUGGGAGGAGCGCGGGCCCGCUGGCUGCCCGCCGGCUGCCCGCUUAUAUAAGCGCAGGCAUCCCGUACCCGUAGUGAGUCUCAACUAUUGUUGUUGUCUCGUAUCUCGUCACUACAGCUACGUCCCUCCCUCAUUCACUCACCGGAACGAUGCUGCGUGUGCUGUUGCUGCUGUGCGUGGUGUGCGCUACACGUCUGGUGGCGGGGCGGUCCGUCCCGCUGCUCCCUCCGCUCUCUAAGUACAUGGCCAACUACGUCAACACGCUGGGCACCACCUGGCAGGCGGGCCACGCGUUUGACGGCGCGUCUGUGGAGGACGUGCGCAGGUUGUGCGGCACCGUGCUGGGAGGGCCCAAGCUGCCGACACGCACACACAAGGUGUCCCAGAGCUUGCCCGACAGCUUUGACGCACGCACGCAGUGGCCCAACUGCCCGACCAUCGGGGAGCUGCGCGACCAAGGCUCCUGCGGCUCCUGCUGGGCGUUUGGCGCCGUGGAGGCCAUGUCUGACCGCUUCUGCAUCCACUCGAAGGGCCAGGUGAACCCCCACGUGUCGGCCGAGGACCUGCUCUCCUGCUGCGAUGAGUGCGGCAUGGGCUGUGAUGGCGGCUACCCCUCCCAGGCCUGGAACUUCUGGACCAGCGCCGGCCUGGUCACCGGCGGCCAGUACGGCAGCGGACAGGGGUGCCGCCCCUACUCCAUCAAGCCGUGUGAGCACCACGUGAAUGGCUCGCGCCCGCCGUGCAGUGGGGAGGGCCCCACGCCCAAGUGCAUGCACGAGUGCGUGCCAGGAUACACGCCGCACUACAAGGCCGACAAGUACUUUGGUAAGAAGGCGUACAACAUCGACUCCGACGAGGGUCAGAUCAAGCAGGAGAUCUUCGACAACGGCCCCGUGGAGGCCGCCUUCACCGUCUACGCUGACUUCCCACAGUACAAGUCCGGAGUGUACCAACACGUGGCGGGCGAGGAGCUGGGGGGCCACGCCAUCAAGAUCCUGGGCUGGGGGGUGGAGGGCAGAGUGCCCUACUGGUUGGUAGCCAACUCCUGGAACGCGGACUGGGGCGACCAUGGCUUCUUUAAGAUCCUCCGCGGGAGCAACGAGUGCGGGAUCGAGGACGAGAUAGUAGCUGGGCUGCCCAGCCUGGGCUGAGCGCAGCAAUGAGCCCCGGUUGGGGGAGUGGGGGGGAUGAUGGAGUGGGUGGCAGCAGGGGAAGCGGGGUCAAGACCAUUGGGCCCG